CACCGAACUCUCAUCACCAAACCCAUCACAACUCAUCUUCCACACCCUUUUCUUGUGUCACCAACAUCUUUUUCUCAAAAUUCCAAAACCAUUUCCCAGGGUCCAAGUGGCCAAAAACUCACCCCACUAUCCCCCGCCACAACCCUCACCGCCUACCCAAAAAGCGCCUAGAUUACCUGUAUCCCCAGGGCGGUGGUGCACGAGCCAUCACUAGGUAAUGGACGACUCUCACAAGCCUCCAAUUGCCCAUCAAGGUCCAGCAGCUCAACAACCACCAUCAUCUUCAAAUACAACUGUGCCAAGACAGCAACCACAAAACCCACAACCAGAACGUGCCGUCGCUGGUCAUGGUCCAAAAGUCAAUAUUACCCCCAACAAUACAAAAUGGUCCAAAAACAAUAGCCAAAAACUAAAAAACCUUUCCAACUACAUCAACAACAACAAUUCAACCGGCACAAACCAUCAUCAUCAUCAUCAUCAUCAUCAUCAUCACCACCAUCACUCCACCAAAAAAAUGGCCGACCCCUUCGAAGUGCGAAUGCGCUUCACAAACCAGCUGAGGCAACUCAACGCCUCGGUUACGUCUGCCCAAAAGGCGGCCCAGUUCGCGCUUAAACACCAUGAAAUGGGGGAGGAUUUGCAUUCUUGCAUUUUGGAGCAGCUUGAAAAGAACAACAUGAACACCCGCGCCAACAUUAUGUACUUUAUCGAACACUUCCUCGACCUCGCCCAGAAGGAAUCCCACCCUGAAUACGUUGUUCUCAUGCAGCGGGACAUCAUCCGCGUCGUUGACGCUGUCGCUCCCGAAGAUGGGACCGGGAUCGCAAACGUCAAAGUUGCGAGGAAGGUCCUGCAGGCGUUGGCGGCAAAGUCGUUUCUUGAUGGGGAGCUGCUGAGUCAGAUUGAGGAGGUGUUGAGGGAGAGGUAUUCUGCCGCGCAGCAGGAUCUGGCGCUCAUGUCGUCGCCUACUACUGCUGUUGGGGAUGGUGAUGUGGGUGGGGGUGGGGGGGUGCCUACGCCGCAGACUAGGGUUUCUAUUGGUGGUGGUGGGAAAGGGAAGAUGAAGUUGGAUAGGAAGCAGGUUGAGCAGAGGAUUGAGGAGGAUAGGGAGCGGCAUAAGAGGCAGAGGGAGGGGAUUUGGGCGGUUAGUCCGGAGAAUGAGGCCGAGUUGAGCAAGUUGUGGGAGGAGACGAGCGAGCUGGGGGAGGAUGAUGAGAGGAUGUGUGAUGAGGAGUGGGAGGAGUGGAAGGAGGCGAUGGGGGGUGGGUGUGUGCAUUGGGGGGAGAGGACUAAUGGAGAUCAUCACUCAUGAGUGUUUGACUGGUGGAGAUUUGUUAUGGUACGUAUGGCGUUUUGGGAAGGGGGAAAUAAUAACUUGGGAAAACAGCGGGUGUUUGGGGCGUUUAUUUUUAUUUUGAUGGGGAGGAAAAGCAGGAUUGGAUGGCUGUUGAUUAGGUGUGAUACCAUACCUAUAGUGCUUGUGUAUAUAUAUAUAUCUUGUGGGACUUGGAGGUAGGUACAGGCCUCUUUGAAGAAGCGUCUGGGAAAAGAACUGUAGCUUAAUUAUUGACACGGGG